AUGUUUUCUGCCAUCACAUUAUGUCUUCUUGCUACUACAGUAGUGGCUGGAAAAGACACUUAUGUUUAUGCAUCACCACCACCACCACCAUCUCCUUAUUAUUAUAGUUCACCACCUCCGCCAAUGAAAUCUCCACCACCACCAUCACCGUAUUAUUACAAAUCUCCACCACCUCCCUCACCUUCACCACCUCCCCCUUAUGUCUAUAGCUCACCUCCUCCACCUUCUCCAUCACCGCCACCUCCAUACAUUUACAAAUCACCACCUCCACCAUCACCUUCACCUCCACCUCCAUAUGUCUAUAAGUCUCCUCCUCCACCAUCUCCAUCUCCACCACCUCCAUAUGUUUACAAAUCUCCUCCACCUCCAUCACCUUCUCCUCCACCUCCAUAUGUCUACAAGUCUCCUCCUCCACCUUCUCCAUCCCCACCACCUCCAUAUGUUUACAAAUCUCCCCCACCGCCAUCUCCAUCUCCACCACCUCCAUACGUUUACAAAUCUCCUCCACCACCAUCACCAUCUCCUCCACCUCCAUAUGUCUAUAAAUCUCCUCCUCCACCUUCUCCAUCUCCACCACCUCCAUAUGUCUAUAAAUCUCCUCCUCCACCGUCACCAUCUCCACCUCCACCAUACUAUUACAAAUCACCACCUCCCCCAUCACCUUCUCCUCCACCUCCUUAUUACUACAAGUCUCCACCUCCACCAUCCCCUUCCCCACCACCACCUUAUGUAUAUAAAUCACCACCUCCUCCCCGUGAGAGACCAGAAGCACCAGAGUACCGAAAAUCUCCACCUCAUCCGUAUGUUUAUAAAUCUCCCCCACCACCAUCACCGUCUCCACCACCCCCAUACAUUUAUAAAUCUCCUCCACCACCAUCACCUUCUCCUCCACCUCCAUAUGUCUAUAAGUCUCCUCCUCCGCCAUCUCUAUCUCCACCACCUCCAUAUGUUUACAAAUCUCCUCCACCGCCAUCAACUUCUCCUCCACCUCCAUAUGUCUAUAAAUCUCCUCCUCCACCGUCACCAUCUCCACCUCCACCAUACUAUUACAAAUCACCACCUCCUCCAUCACCUUCUCCUCCACCUCCUUAUUACUACAAGUCUCCACCUCCACCAUCCUCUUCCCCACCACCACCUUAUGUAUACAAAUCACCACCUCCUCCCCGUGAGAGACCAGAAGCACCAGAGUACCGAAAAUCUCCACCUCAUCCGUAUGUUUAUAAAUCUCCCCCACCACCAUCACCGUCUCCACCACCCCCAUACAUUUAUAAAUCUCCUCCACCACCAUCACCUUCUCCUCCACCUCCAUAUGUCUAUAAGUCUCCUCCUCCGCCAUCUCUAUCUCCACCACCUCCAUAUGUUUACAAAUCUCCUCCACCGCCAUCAACUUCUCCUCCACCUCCAUAUGUCUAUAAAUCUCCUCCUCCACCGUCACCAUCUCCACCUCCACCAUACUAUUACAAAUCACCACCUCCUCCAUCACCUUCUCCUCCACCUCCUUAUUACUACAAGUCUCCACCUCCACCAUCCUCUUCCCCACCACCACCUUAUGUAUACAAAUCACCACCUCCUCCCCGUGAGAGACCAGAAGCACCAGAGUACCGAAAAUCUCCACCUCAUCCGUAUGUUUAUAAAUCUCCCCCACCACCAUCACCGUCUCCACCACCCCCAUACAUUUAUAAAUCUCCUCCACCACCAUCACCUUCUCCUCCACCUCCAUAUGUCUAUAAGUCUCCUCCUCCGCCAUCUCCAUCUCCACCACCUCCAUAUGUUUACAAAUCUCCUCCACUGCCAUCACCUUCUCCUCCACCUCCAUAUGUCUAUAAAUCUCCUCCUCCACCGUCUCCAUCUCCACCACCUCCAUAUGUUUACAAAUCUCCUCCACCACCAUCACCAUCUCCACCACCUCCUUAUGUCUAUAAGUCUCCCCCUCCACCAUCUCCAUCCCCACCACCUCCAUACGUUUACAAAUCACCGCCACCACCAUCCCCAUCUCCACCACCUCCAUACAUUUACAAAUCUCCUCCACCACCAUCUCCAUCUCCACCACCUCCAUAUGUUUACAAAUCUCCUCCACCGCCAUCACCUUCUCCUCCACCUCCAUAUGUCUAUAAGUCUCCUCCUCCACCCUCUCCAUCCCCACCACCUCCAUAUGUUUACAAAUCUCCUCCUCCACCAUCUCCAUCUCCACCACCUCCAUACAUUUACAAAUCUCCUCCACCACCAUCACCUUCUCCUCCACCUCCAUAUGUGUAUAAGUCUCCUCCUCCACCAUCUUCAUCUCCACCACCUCCAUAUGUUUACAAAUCUCCUCCACCACCAUCUCCAUCUCCACCACCUCCAUACGUUUAUAAAUCUCCUCCACCACCAUCACCUUCUCCACCACCUUCAUAUGUCUAUAAGUCUCCUCCUCCACCUUCUCCAUCCCCACCACCUCCAUACGUUUACAAAUCACCCCCACCACCAUCUUCAUCUCCACCACCUCCAUACGUUUACAAAUCUCCUCCACCUCCAUAUGUCUAUAAGUCUCCUCCUCCACCAUCUCCAUCUCCACCACCUCCAUAUGUUUACAAAUCUCCUCCACCUCCAUCACCUUCUCCUCCACCUCCAUAUGUCUAUAAGUCUCCACCUCCACCGUCUCCAUCUCCACCACCUCCAUAUGUUUACAAAUCUCCUCCACCACCCUCACCACCUCCUUAUAUCUAUAAGUCUCCCCCUCCACCAUCUUCAUCACCUCCUCCUCCAUAUGUUUACAAAUCACCUCCACCACCAACCUCAUCUCCACCACCUCCUUAUGUCUAUAAGUCUCCCCCACCGCCGUCUCCAUCUCCACCGCCUCCAUAUGUUUACAAAUCUCCCCCGCCACCAUCUCCAUCUCCACCACCUCCUUAUAUUUAUAAGUCUCCUCCUCCACCAUCACCAUCUCCUCCACCUCCAUAUGUUUACAAAUCUCCUCCUCCACCUUCUCCGUCACCUCCUCCUCCAUACUACUAUAAGUCUCCUCCUCCACCAUCUCCAUCACCACCUCCCCCCUAUGUUUACAAAUCUCCUCCACCUCCUUCUCCUUCACCACCUCCACCGUACUACUAUAACUCACCACCUCCACCGUCUCCAUCACCACCUCCUCCAUAUCUUUACAAAUCUCCACCACCACCUUCACCAUCUCCUUACAUUUAUAAAUCCCCACCCCCUCCAUCUCCAUCACCACCACACCCAUAUUAUUGA